GUAGCAAAAAAAAUCCUCUCACACUUGAAAACUUCCCGACUGUUUCAAAUCAGUUUCAAAUAUUUUAAGGUCCACUUCUUCAAACUCAAAAUGGCAACCAAUUUGAAGCCAGAGUCAAAACGUGACGAGUUCAAGCGCUACCUGGAGAAAUCAGGAGUGAUGGACAGCUUGACCAAGGUCCUUGUUUCCCUCUACGAAGAACCCGAACGUCCUGGAAAUGCUGUCGAGUACUUUUUGGAACGGCUCGCUUCCGGUGUUCCCAUGAAGGCCGAGAUGGAAUCACUUCAACUGGAGAUCAAUGACUUACGGAAAAAGUCUGCUCAGCUUGAGGAGGAAAAUGAGGCCCUGAAGAAGAAACUUGAGCAAUUUGAGCCGUCGGGCGGAUCAAGCAUGUCUCCCGGCGGAGGUGAAGAAGGUCCGUCCGGUUCAGAAGGAGGAGUUGGAGAGGAAUAGCAACCGCAUACUUGUAAAUGUCUCAAUUUUAUUUUUUUCAAAAUAUGCACCGAUCUGGUCCAGUUAAAAAUUACAAAAUUUUGGUUGAAAAGUUCAACUUAAAAUCGUGUCAUGAAAUAAAUCAAAGCUUGCAUGUCUACAUA